AUGGAUGAAUCAGAAGAAGGCUGUGUGGAUCUUCGAAGUAUCAUGUGGAAGAAUGAAUCUGAUAUCACUGUUCUCCCUGGAAUUCAGACAAUAUUCGGAUUUCUCUAUUCGGUUUUGAUUACGCUGGGAGUUGUGGGCAAUUCGUUAGUAGUGAUCUCCGUCCUCCAGAACAAAGCCCUCCAAUCAGUGAGAAAUGUCUUCAUUUUUUCUCUAUCAUGUUCGGACAUUGUUGUGUCGAUUGUUUCUGGAUCUAUUACUCCAAUCUAUGCUUUCUCAAAGAUUUGGCUUUUCGGUCCACAACUCUGUCAAUUAGUGCCGCUCAUUCAGGGGACAUCUUUAUGUUUUUCUACAUUGACAUUGACAGCAAUUUCGAUUGAUCGUUUCUUCUUGAUCAUUUUUCCAACUAGAAGAUCAAUACAAAUGUGGACUGCGGUGAAAUUGGUGGCGUUCAACGCGAGUCUCGCCUUUGCCGUCUCAAUUCCCAUGUAUCUCCAACAGAAACUCUUCAAAUAUCAGAAUUACUGUGGUGAGAUCUGCAGUGAACAAUGGGAAGAUGAAUCGGCUCAAUCUAUUUAUGGUACUCUUGUGUUCAUCAUUCAAUUCGUUCUUCCACUUCUCAUCAUCACUUUUUGCUAUGCGAUGAUCUCGAUCAAAUUGAGCAAGGGAGUGCUUGUACGAGCCGAAGAGGGAGUCUUGACUGAACAAAGAAAAAAUGCGAUGAAGCGACGAUUGAGGACAAAUCGGAUGUUGAUCGCAAUGGUUGGUGUGUUCUUUUGUUGUUGGUUACCAUCAGUCGCUUUCAACUUUUUGCGAGAUUAUGAGUGGUUGCCAAAAUUUGUCUCCAGACAGAAAUACUUUUUUGGCGUACUCACUCACUGCAUCUCAAUGAGUUCGACUGUUUGGAACCCGAUUCUCUACGCAUUGUUGAAUGAGCAGUUUCGAAUUGCUUUUGCUUCUCUUUUGCACACAUGUCGACGAAGAGAUGGAACAUUUAAGGUGUGUGACGAUCGAAAAGGAUUCAUUGCUAAUGGAGUGGAAAGAAGAGGAAGGCAGGAUUCAAGAGGAUCCAUACCAAGAAAUGGAAUGAGUACACCAUCUGAUGAUUUAUUAAUUGGAAUGACAAAAGAAGAGAGACCAAAAACACUUUCACUUCAAAAGACGGUGAUCUCACAAAAGAGAGCAAUCUUCAUGACGGAUACCCGAUCAUCAUUCACUGAU